AAAUGAGGAAUCUUGAGCUUUUUAUAAACUGUUUGCGUGCGGUGGGCAACAAAUCGCGCGAGAUCUUGACUGGACUCGGUAGAUCACAUUUUGGGCCAUCAACCAUCUUGCACCAUGUCGUCGUCGUCGUCGUCGUCUUCGUCCAUUGCAUCACUCCUCACACCCCUCACGGCAAACCUCCACAUUCCACCCACCCUCCACCACCUCAAAACAUUCAUUCCAUCAAGCACCCGCGGAGACCUCACCCGAAUCUUUCACUAGUGGUGCAUAUCCCACUACGCCCGCACAAACACCACAGACGCAUUCUCGACAUGCAUCCCAAAAAACCUAGUUCAAACGCAUCCCGCCGUCAACGAGAUUUAUGUAUUGACAUUAUCGGCCAGUCUUGCUCACGAGGGACUCACAAAAGUAUUCUUCAAGCUCCUCGUAGAAGGCCCUCCGAAAUUCAUUUGGCUCGUACCUUACGCACUCUCAACAACCGAGACGUUGAUUGCAUUUCAUACGUACAUGAUGGAAUCCUACAACAAACGAAAUACUAUUUUGGAAAACCUUGAUAAAGCAUUUGUUUUGGGACCACUGGAUACGCUGUUAAAUCAUAUAUUCAGUUACCUCCUGACGAGGUGGUCGCCAAAAGUUUUGGAGAGUUUGAAAGAGUGUUUGGAUGUGUAUGCGGCUAGGAGGGAAAAGUAUGUGGUGGGGUACUUGGUGACGCUCACGGUGAUUUGCCCCACGUUUCUUGAGCAAUUUGGAAAUGAAUUGGUGGAGAUGGUUGGGAUGUAUGUUGAAGGUAUGUGCGGGGGUGGGCAAGUAAAGGGUGCUGGUCCACCCGCAUUCCUCGACGACAUCCUCCCCCCCUACAUCCACUACCUCCUCACCAAACACCCAACCCUCACACCUCCCAUCACUCUCCUUCUCUCCCGAGCAUCUAAUUCCCCCUCUUCCUCACCCCUGGCCCAAACCCUCCUCUACAACACUCUCCAAACCAUUCUAAAAGACCUAACCCAAAACGGCGCAUCCCCCCUUCUCCCCGCUUUUCGCACCCAUUUCACCCGUCUAACCCAAUCAGCAUCCCAAAACUAUCUCUGCGAAGCAUUAUGGAUCCUGUGCAUCAUAACAUUUGGGCACGAAGCGAUUAUACGGGACGCUCACCUCCUUACACCCUCCCUGUUGGGAUUACUUGAUGAGACAAACCUCUUGAAUCAGACAAUAACGUCGGUUCUUGUCUCACUUGACACAUACCCUCCCAAAACACGUACACACAUUCUCGAAUCCCUUCGCCGCUUUACGCACGUCCUACGUCCCAAUUACCGUUUACUUGAACCACAUGUUCGCGACCCAGUUACGCGACACGCGGCAUUGGCAUUGUGGGUCGGUGGGCCGGCGGAGGUGAUUGAGACGGUGUUGGGCAUUUGGAUGCAAGUACGUGAGGAACGAGGGAUUUGUGAAGAAGUUGUAAAGAGUAUGGAGGGUGAGAAAGUUGUGUACGGGGUUUUGGAGUGGGUUCGACGGGCGGAGUUGACGAGUGAGGAGUGGAGUGUGUUGGCGGGUUUGGCAGGUCCAUCGCAUCGACCGCUCUUGGCUCGCCUUUUUUCCAAAUCCCUCACACAUCACCCUCCGACGCCCCUUGGAUGCUACACCCUCCCAGCCAUGCCAACCACCCCUCGCGACAAGACCCUCGUCCACAUUUUUCAAACACAUAGAGGAUUAUGGGGCGUAUUGGACGUAAUUGGCCAGGACUAUGAAGCGACUGUAUACGCAGUAGACGUGUUUCGGCCCCUCCUGGCAUACAGCAUCGCAUUCUGGUCUCAAUCCCAUCGAAGUCCUUCUCAACACCCCUACGAGUUCGACAGCGCAGUUCGAGUGAUCACAUUACUGAGCAAGUCCCAGAUCCUGCCUGCUCCACUUGCACAUGCUCAUCUGAUGGUGACGGAUCUUUCACCCAAGGACCUGACAAGCAUCCUCGGUAUCUGCUGGGACAUCUUCGCGCUCUACACCAUCCCACCCCCUCCAAAGCCCCUCUCACCGUCCGACAUACCCAACUGGAAACAACACUUGAAAACAGUGCAAGGCAUCGUGAAGCGCCAUGUACACCUGACGGCACCCUACAUGGGCCUGUUUUUCUGAGCGUUAAUGGGAUGUCUUUUUGGGAAGGAUUUUGGUCACCCAUCGAAUUAAAUCCAGAGUAAUCCCAACUGUGACGAAAAUGCCUAGAUUUUGUGUCAAUCAUUGAAGAGUGUCAUAUCAAUGGCAAAAGCACGUACCUCCAAUAAUUCCACAAAGUCUCGUUAAGAAAUGGAGAAAGCCCUGCCGAGACUCUGUAAUCCGUACCAAAAUCGGCUCAAUCUCGUACUUUAUAAAUACACCUACUCAAAUCAUUCAACAACUCUCCCAUAUGCACUAGAAACCAAACAGGUUGCGCUGACCUGGUAACCCUCCUUGCUUAUUAUCCACCGUCAAGGACCGCGUAUAAUCCGUCACGGCAUAUUGACUCGUCAACAGCGCCCGUUUCCCAAACGCUCGAUUUCGGUCAAUGUAGACGGUUGGGACCUGCCGAAAACACGUUAGCGUAUAUGUAUCACCAAAUAAACAAUAUCGUACGUACAAUGGCAAUAAAAUAUUGAAACAUGUCCAUUUCUA